CAGACACAAUCCGCACUACACACAGGAUCUACAAAAUACAGACACAAUCCACACUACACACAGGAUCUACAACAUACAGACACAAUCCACACUACACACAGGAUCUACAACAUAGAGUACACGAUCCACACUACACACACGAUCCACACUGCAUAGUAUAUUCACAGAGCACAGGAUCCACUGAGUAUAAGAUCCACACUGCACAUGAUCCGCAGACAACAUGAUCUACAGAAUUGGGGAUCCACUGAGAACAGAAAGCACAGGGCACAAAACAUCCCACACACCUGGCACCCCCAACACACAGCGUUUCUCCUACACUGACCAGCUGGGACAGCAGGAGAACACAGUCCACAUGGACAGCAGCUCAGCACAUAUGUUCCAGGCUGUCAAGGAAUGUGAGGUUAAGAAAUGCCAGCAGUUUAUUGAAGAAGAAGGUCCUUCAAUUGUAGGACAUUAUGAUGAAAAGGGACACACACCAGUUCAUUGGGCUGCUCUUGCUGGAUCUGUCGAGCUGAUUGGACUAUUUGUGGACAGUAAGGGACCAGUGGACCUGCCUAGCCAAUCUGAGUCCAGUCAGCACCCUAUACACUGGGCUGCAGUAAAUGGGUGCAUUGCUGUGGUGGACCUUCUUGUGAAGGCUGGAGUUUCACUAGACGUGGAGGACCAAAAAGGCUGCACACCUUUAAUCACAGCUGCACAAUAUGGACAAACUGCACUCUGCUGCUACCUCAUUGGAAAAGGUGCUAAAGUACAUUUAUGUGACUUAGAGGGAGACAAUGCACUGCACUGGGCAGCUUUUAAAGGUCACUGUGAAUUGUCCCACCUGCUAAUAUACUCAGGUUGUAACCCCAGACAGACUGACAACUUUGGUCAGACUCCAUUACAUUUAGCCGUGUUAAGUGGAAAUCUCCCCACCGUCCAGCUGCUAUGCGAACAAGAUGGGGUAGAGCUGGAAGGAGAAGAUAACAACAAGAACACUCCACUACGACUGGCAAAGGGACGUAAAUCCAAAGAAAUAGUCUCAUAUCUGGACAAAGCUAUCACGCGGUCAAAGAAUCUCAAUGCUAAGUUUGAUUGGAGUACGUGCUUGUUCGGUCGCCCAGGAAAAUCAAAAGGAGCCAUUCUCUUCUUUCUCGGCAAUCUGUUUCUUUGGGGAUACCCAACAUACUUUUUUAAGAUUGUGCCUGUCUCAUAUAAUUAUCUCUGGGAAUGGCAUAUCACGUUCCUGCUCAGCAAUGUAUUGAUGUGGUUCUCUUUCUUAAAAGCAUCCCUGGUGGAUCCAGGCUUCCUUCUCCGGGACACAGAAGAGUAUAACAAUGCUGUCAGGCAGGCUAUCAAUUUUAAUGACUGGAAAAAUGGCAAGAACCCCCUGAGCCGACUCUGCCACACGUGCCAUCUUGUGAAGCCUCUGCGCUCCAAGCACUGCCGUGUCACAAACCGCUGCGUUGCCGUCUUCGACCAUUACUGUCCUUAUGUCUACAAUGAUGUGGGACAGCGCAAUAGGGUGUUUUUUGUCGGGUUCUUGUUGAAUAUGUGCAUCAGCUGCCUUAUUGGAGUCUAUCUGUGUUGGGACUGGUUAUAUAUUGAAGGUCACAGCCUGUUAAUUGAAAUGGGCUUUGUAUUCCUCGCCGUGAUUGGAUUUAUUUCUGCUAUGAUGACUGGAACGUGUCUAUAUAUGGCUGCUGUGAACAUCACAACAAAUGAAAGAAUGAAUUCAAAGAAGUACUCGUACCUCAUGGACGAAAGUGGAAAGUUCUAUAAUCCAUUUGACAGAGGACUGUUCCUGAACCUCCUGGAAUUCUGCCAUUUCAUUCCACAGCUUCCAGAGGAGAAGAUUAAGAAAAGGAAAGUGAAUGAAAUCUGAACAUGUUAACAAAGAACAUCUACAUUUUAGAAUUUUAUUUAUAUGCUUAUUUAUAAAGAUAUAUUUUUAUUGCGUUUUUUCAAAUAAAUAAUUUUAU